GUGAGGGGAUGCGUGCUCAGCAGCCGAGGCGCCGAUUCCCCCCUUCCCAUCCCAGCCUGCGCCGCCCCUACCGAAGCCGUCUCUGCCCAUCUUCUCCACGCUCACCUGCCCCUGCGGUCGCCCUCGGACGUGUGAUGUGCGGCGCCCCGGGGCGCCUUCCCGCGCUUCUGUAGCCUCACAGCCGACGCCAGAGGCGCACAGACUGACAGCGCUGCGCAUUUUCGCCUCUCCGAAUCCGUAAAAUAAUCCCCCUUUUGGAGAGAAUGACGGGGAAAUGGCAAACGCAAUACUGUACGCAUAGAAGGCAAGAAGAAACAAACCGGUCUAAUUUAUGAUACAAGUACAAUCUCAGCUGCCAUUUCACCGGGAUCCUUUAUUCCGCAGAAAGCUGAAGGGAAAUGGACCCACCGUUUAUGCAGUCGUAUGGAAUGAAGAAGAGAGUGAAGAUCCACCCCAGUACAGUGACGGUGAAGUAUGACACCCAUUUCCCCCAGCCUGGGGAUGAGGACUAUGACGACGCACCCUCGUUUGAAGACUUUGGCUCUUUCGUGGAUGACAAUCCCAACAGGAGACUGAUGGAGGAGAACAAGCAGGGUAGGACUUUCUUUGGUAGCAUAGAUACCCGGCCGAGGUCCUCUGGUGGCUGCAGGGACAAUGAAGUGGGCGAGCAGCUGGCUAGCUUUGGGGAGGCCUCUGUGUUCACCUCGCGGGUCACCUGGGCUGCUCUAUUCGGGGCAGCGGUCGCCCACGGUUGCGUGGCCCUCAUCACGCGCCUGGCAGCUGACCGCUCCAAGGUGCCCUCCCUGGAGCUGCUCUUCAUCCGCUCGGUGAUCCAGGUCUUCUCCAUCGUGGUGGUCUACUACUACCAGGAGGCGCCCUUCGGGCCCAAGGGCUACCGGCUGCGUCUCUUCUUCUAUGGCGCGUGCAACGUCAUCUCCAUUACAUGCGCCUAUACUUCCUUUGCCAUCGUGCCACCCAGCAAUGGUACCAUCAUGUGGCGAGCCUCCACCACCGUCUUCAGCGCCGUGCUGGCCUUGCUGCUGCUGGACGAGCGCCUGGGCUACGUCGACGUGGUGACCGUCGUGGGCAGCGUCUUCGGCCUGUGCCUGGUCAUGAUCCCCAACAUCGCGGAGGAGGAUAAGAGCCCGCUGGGCUUCUGGAAGGAGGCCUUCGGCUACACCAUGACCGUCAUGGCCGGCCUGACUGCUGCCCUUUCCAUGAUCGUCUACCGGGCCAUCAAGGAGCGAGUGAGCAUGUGGACGGCCCUCUUCACGUUUGGCUGGACGGGGACCGUGUGGGGUGCGUCCACCAUGUUCGUCAUGCAGGAGCCCAUCAUCCCUCUGGAUGCGGAGACGUGGGGCUACCUCACCGGCAUCUGCAUCUGCUCCACCGUGGCGUUCCUCGGGGUCUACUACGCCCUGAACAAGUUCCACCCGGCGCUGGUCAGCACGGUGCAAAACCUGGAGAUCGUUGUGGCCAUGGUCCUGCAGCUCCUCGUCCUGCGUAUGAUCCCCUCUGCCUACGAUGUCAUUGGCGCCUUGGUCAUCAUGGUCAGUGUUUUUGGCCUGACAGCCGUCAAGCUCAAUUGGGUGGGAGGCAGGAGACAAGAAUAUGAAGAAAUCCUCGACUCACCCGUUAAAUGAGGGCCGUGCCCUUGCGUGUCGCCUCUCUGCCAGGUGGCCUUCAAGCUGAUUGAUCGAUUUGUCCAUUUUGUAUCGUGCUGUUGAUAGAGUUCCAGUUGUGUGCUUGUCUUUGAUAAAUGUACGUGUGAAAUUACAGUGGUCCAUGGUACUCUCUUCUUAUGCAAGUUAUUUGCACACUUAAUAUCAAAGCAGACCACCUGUUAUAUCUACAUGUGUCGCCAAUGCGUAUCUGGUGACUGAACAUCAUGCACAAUGAACCUAUGAAGACCACAGACCUCCUUAAUAGGUGUAAGGAGGGAUGAUAAUGUAACCUUUUCUCUUCUCUUCGUUUCAUAUCGACUGAAGUUUCCGCUGUCAAAUGCAUUGUCAGGGAAGUGUUAUUAAUUACUGAAGGAAGUCUGUGUCAACUAGGGAAAUCAAUACUGAUCUUCAAUAGAUGAAUUGAGAGUAAAUUAAAUGUGGCCUGACCCGUUAUUUCGUAUCUGUCCUGAACUGCUGGUAUCAUUAUUGCAAGUAUUAUUGCAAUUACGAAUAAAGGACUGUUACAGUAUGUUGUAAUAUUUGUGAAACCCUAAUUUUGAGUCAUUUUGCAUCAGAAUCAAUGCAACCUUAUGGGGUCCAGCUAAUGAAAUUUAAGUGGUGUCAAUUCUUUCAACUUUUUUAUGUUUUAGUGAACGUUGUCGUGAAGCUAUAAUUGAGCGUGUUCUCCUGAAUUACUCUUCAAGAGGCUGACUAAGAAUAAAUAGGAUUUCAAUAUGCGCCACCAGGUGGCGCACUUCAGCCAAAAAUGUAAUAUUAUAAUAUGUUACAGCUAUGACAAUUACUUGUGAGUUAAUAAAACACUGUCGUUGCUGUUGAAAUUUAUGUAACUGGGAGCAAUUCAAAAUUAUGGUUUUCAAAUAAAUUUCCAUUGCCUGCCA